AUGGAUAACGUCCCGCCCAAGGUCAUCGUCGCCGCGCGACCGAGCGCGAGCGGGAACAGAGACGGCGAGACGCUCGAGGACGUCGCGUUCGGAAAAGUGCAAUUGAAUGAAAAGACGACAAGCGUCGAGCUCCCGUCGACGUGCGGCGAUAAGCUCGCGAACGGCGUGAAUGGUUUCUUCGGAAAGAAGUUCUACGCGCUCGGUAGGGCGAGCGCGUCGAGACCGUGGACGAUGAUCGCGUGCACGGUGGUUUUGUGUGUGAUUUUCAGCGGCGGGGUUGGGUACCCCGGGUUGAAGAACGAGAACCGCGGCGAUAGGCUGUGGGUGCCCACGGACACGCCGGCGCAGGACGAUAAGACGUUCGUUGAUACGUAUUACGGCGCGGAGACGCGAUUCGCACAGGCGAUUUUGACCAAGACGGAUGGGUCAAACGUGCUGACACCGGAGGGAUUGACUGCGCUGCGGACCGUUGCGACAGGCGUGAGCGCGGUAUCGAUCACGUGGGAAGGCGCGACGUACGGGUACAACGAUCACUGCUAUCGAUUCGGGGCGAGCUGCUACGCCAAGAGCGCUCUGGACGCGUUCUCGAACGCCGCGGGGUAUGCAAACCAGACGGCCAUCGACACCGUGAUGAAGGCGGACCCUCUGAUGAAUCCGACGGAUAACUCCAAGAUUCUUCUCUCGAGCGUGGCCGGGGGCGUGACGUACGAUUCCUCCGGGAACGUUCGGGCCAAUGCACUGUCGCUCACGUACCUGUUCAAGAACAACGACGUGUUGAAGAAGGGUGACUACGUUGACGAAAAAGGCGACGCGUUUGACUCCAAGGUUCUCGAAAUCUUUGAGGCUUCUCCGCCGGCCGGUUUCAAGGUCUCUUAUGUCACCGCGCGCUCGUUCGGCGAUGAAUUCGGGUCCACGAUCAACCGAGACCUCACCAAGCUCCAGAUCGCGCUCUUCCUCAUCCUUGCAUACGCUGCGCUGACGCUCAGCAAAUGGGAUCAAGGGUGCGUCGGCUCUCGCGUCGGCGUCACCUUGGCGGGAAUCAUCUCCAUUGGCAUGGCGCUUGCGUCCGCGUACGGUCUGGGCUCUUAUUUCGGUCUCUUCUUCUCACCGCUCAUGAACGUCUUGCCAUUCUUGCUCCUCGGCGUCGGCGUCGACGACAUGUUUGUCAUCGUCAAUGCGUACGACAACGUCGAGGCCCGCGUUGAUCCUGUCGAGCGUAUGGGUCGUACUCUGAGAUACGCAGGUAUGAGCGUGACCGUGACCUCCAUCACGGACGUCAUCGCGUUCCUCAUCGGCUCUUCCACGUCCUUGCCCGCAUUGAAAAACUUCUGCUACUAUGCGGCGCUCGGCAUCUUCUUUGAUUACUUUUACCAGGUCACCUUCUUCACCGCGUGCGUCGCUCUGGACGAGAGACGCAAGGCGAAGCGCCAAGGUGACGUUUUCUGCUGCUUGUCGUGCCCGGCCGAGGCGUGCUGCACCUGCUGCCAACCGCACAAGACGCAGAAGUCUAUGUUGCAGCGACUCCUGGGCCAAACCAUUGGUACGCGGUUGGGUAACCUGAAGGUCAAGAUUUUCGUCGUUACCUUCUUUUCUGCGAUGACGAUCGGCGGUAUCAUCGGCGCGACCAAGAUUAAGGUCGACGCCGACGUGAACAACUUCAUUCCGGACGACUCGUACCUCAAGUUGUGGUUUGCGGACCGAGACGCCUACUUCACCGUGUACGGAGACGACGUCGAACUGUACACAAAGUCCAGCCUCGACCUGACCGACCUGACCGCGGGCGAUGCGGUUCUCCGUAACGCCGUCACUACGUUCAAGGCAAAUCAGUACGUCGUCACUGAUUCCGUGCGCUCGUGGGUGGACGAGUUCUACACGUACAGAAACAGCUCAGGGCUCACAUCUCAGUCCUGGAGUGACUCAAACUACGUCACCGCCCUCAACUCCUGGCUCGCGGACACGACCUCGAGCGGGGGAUCAAAGUACAAAAAUGACGUCGUCUUCGAUAGCACUUCCUCGCCGACGAAGAUCAUUACGUCUCGAGUGCAUGGGAAACACAUCAAGACGGACGAAUCAAACAUCAACGUCAAGGCGAUGGACACGUUGCGCGAGCAAAUCGCCUCCGUCAGCGGCAACAACGACAAAAUCUUCCCGUUCGGCCGCGAGUGGUUGAACUACGAGCAGUACAAGUCCAUCACGGGUGAGGCGAUUCAAAACCUCUCCAUCACGAUCGUGGCGUGCUUCGGCAUCAUCGCCCUUCUCGUUGUUGAGUUCAAAACCGUCAUCAGCGUCUCCUUGGCGCUUGUCAUGAUUUUCGUCAAUAUCGUCGGUUACAUGCACUUCUGGGGGCUCACUAUCGAUUCUGUCACCGUGAUCAUGCUCGUUAUUGCUCUCGGUCUCUCUGUCGAUUACUCCGCGCACAUCGGACGCGCGUACCUCGAGAAGCUUGGCACUCCCAACGAGCGCAUCGUGCGCACGCUUGAGGACAUGGGCGUCGCCGUCUGGAACGGCGCCAUGUCUACCUUCAUGGCCGUCCUCAUCCUCGGAUCUUCCGAUUCAUACGUCUUCCAAACCUUCUUCAAGCAGCUUUUCCUGUGCAUCACGCUCGGUUUGGCGCACGGUUUGCUCUUCCUUCCGGUGUUGCUCUCACUGCUCGAGCCACGGCCGUAUGCGGAGGCGCACUAG